AGGAGAGGGGGAGACAGAAGGCGGGGAAAGGAGAGACAGAGGGAUAGAGAGGAAAUUGCGGGAAGGAGAAAGAAGAGAGAGGAGAGGGGAGAAAGAUAGAAGAUAAAGGAAAGGAGGGUUAGAGGUACAUGAAGGAGGCGAGAAAGAGGGAUACAAGGUGAAGAGAGGAUCAAGAGAUCCUCUUGAAGGAGAGAGAAUCAAGAGUGGGAACGUUGAAGGGAAACAGCCCAGGGGGUAACCAGGGAGCAGCCAUGGAGGGAACUGGUGGGGAAUUGGGGGGACAGGGAAACUGGGGUCUGGAAGAUGCCCCGGGCCUCUUGGCCAGGGCCUCCCUGCCAAUCAUGCCUGCAUGGCCAUUGCCUCUGGCUUCCUCUGCCCUUACCCUGCUCCUUGGAGCCCUCACUUCCCUUUUCCUCUGGUACUGCUACCGCCUGGGCUCCCAAGACAUGCAGACCCUGGGAGCUGGGACUCGGGCUGGGGGUGUCAGUGGUGGGCCUAGGGGCUGCUCUGAGGCUGGCAGGCCAAGCCCAGGGAGCUCUGGGGAGACUGGGGAAGGACCUAGGACAGAAGGCCUAGUGAGCCGUCGCCUUCGGGCCUAUGCCAGGCGCUACUCCUGGGCAGGGAUGGGUAGGGUGAGGCGGGCGGCUCAGGGUGGCCCAGGCCCUGGGGCAGGGCCAGGGGUCCUGGGCAUUCAGCGCCCAGGCCUGCUUUUCCUGCCAGACCUGCCCUCAGCCCCCUUUGUGCCAAGGGAUGCCCAGCGGCAUGAUGUGGAACUCUUGGAGAGCAGCUUCCCUGCCAUUUUGCGGGACUUUGGGUCUGUGAGCUGGGACUUCUCAGGGACUACCCCUCUGCCUCGGGGCUGGUCCCCACCCCUGGCCCCUGGGUGCUACCAGCUCCUGCUGUACCAAGCAGGCCGGUGCCAACCCAGCAACUGCCGCCGGUGCCCAGGAGCCUAUCGGGCACUGAGGGGCCUGCGAAGCUUUAUGAGUGCCAACACCUUCGGCAAUGCUGGCUUCUCUGUCCUCCUGCCUGGGGCCCGACUCGAGGGCCGCUGUGGGCCCACCAAUGCCCGGGUCAGAUGCCAUCUGGGCCUGAAGAUCCCUCCUGGCUGUGAGCUGGUGGUUGGGGGCGAGCCCCAGUGCUGGGCUGAGGGACAUUGUCUACUGGUGGAUGAUUCGUUCCUGCACACAGUGGCUCAUAAUGGUUCUCCUGAAGACGGGCCUCGAGUGGUCUUCAUCGUGGACCUCUGGCACCCCAACGUGGCUGGGGCCGAACGCCAGGCCCUCGACUUUGUCUUCGCACCAGACCCUUGAAGGAAGGUGUUCCCUUCAGACGUUUGGGCUGGAGAGAUGCUGCAUUCAGGCGUGGCCUGAGUGGUAGCCAGGACCACCUCUCCAUUGCAGGGGGCAGGGUGCAGCUGAGGGUGGGAACUGGCCAGCAAAUACUGAAAUACAGAUUUUAAAUCCUC